AAACAGAGAAACUAUUACAGAAUAAACAUAAUCGACGAACCAAUCGGAGCAUUCAGAUAUGAGCGGUAUCGCAUUGUGGUAGCUACCUAUCUGGCCCGAACGAUCGGCCGCGGCCGCGCCGUCAUUGUCUCACACUAGUGGUGGUACUAGACACAGGGUGCUUGGGCGCAGAAGGACGUUCUGAUAAAAGAUUACAGCGUCACUAUCAGUUGAUCCACCGCCGCGGCAGGAGCAUCUCUCGGCUGUGGGCGACAUCUGAGCCGCUGCUCUGUGGCUCUAAUUGAAUCAAUUCAACGAAUGUCUUCCGUCGCUGAUUGCAGCUCCCUAGUGGCGAGUCCGUGUCCCGACUGUAGUGCAUCGCGAUAUUCAACUCUAUCUGUCGUGCUUGUGUUGUGAACAUGUGCUGGUGAACUGACACCCACCAAGUGCUUUAUUGAAUCAAGAGUUUUUAGUGAAGUUAAUAAAUUAAGGAAACGACAAGAUGUUCAGAAUAUACGAAAUAUUCUUCGUGAUGGCGCUGUCAUGCGUGUGCGCACGAAGCAAGGAGAUGACAGAGAUCGAAGCACUGGGAGCGCAGCCGCGCCACUGCACCUACGAGUACGCGUACGAAAUGUACGGGGCCCACUGCGCGGGGCGGGGGCUCAAUAAGAUACCUAACUUAAAAAGCGGUAUUGAGAUCCUGGACUUCAGUGAUAACAAGCUCCAGGAAUUGACCGAAGAAAUGAUGUCUAGUUACACGAGCAUCAAGUUCCUGUACCUCGCAGAUAACCACAUCUACAACAUUGAGGAAACCGCACUCUCACGCUUCACCAACUUGCAGACUCUAGACUUAUCUAACAACGUCAUACUAGAGCUGCCCAACUCGAUAUUUCAGCUGCCGUCAUUGAGGAAGUUGUAUUUUAGAAGUAAUCCGAUAUUUCACAAGGCUAUAGAGCCACUGGUUAUAGAGAGACCAAUCAAAGCGCCGCUGGAGCUCUUGGAUGUGUCAGACUGUAAAAUAAAGAACCUGCCGGACUGGGGCUACCUGCCGCAGUUGCGGUUCUACAACAUCUCGCACAACCCCCUCGCCGCUCUCAGUGUCGACCACUUCGCAAGGAUGUGCAACCUGGUCAACGUGGACUUGACGGACUCUAUAGAAAACAUCAAACUCUGCAACAUGAGGCCUGCUGUUUUGUGGCUGAAGGAGAAGCGAGUUUCCUUCUUACUAGCAGAUUACUCAAGACUCAAUACAAGAGAGUUCGAGAAUUGUCCAGUUCCAGACGACAUGGUGAAUUAUAACUCCACGUACCACCGGUGUAAAGCAGAUUACUUACAGGUACAAAGUUCGAAGGCGUCGCGGCGCACAUGGCUGACGAUAGGCGGCGGGCUGGCGGGCUUCCUCGUCGGCUUCAUACUGCUGCUGUACGUGAUGCACCGACACAACGUGGCGCAGACCAAGACCAAGGCCGAGAAGAUCAAGCAGGCCACACCCCCUGACUCUGACAAGAACGCCACCGCCGUCCUCCUCAGAGACAUCUCAUAGUUACCAUAUCUUCCCCAUAUCUUCACAUCUACAUUCUUGCCACACGCGCCAGAUAGCGUGCCACUCACUCCUUAGCUAGUGCUGCGCAAUAAGGAUGAUACGCGAACAGAAGUUGAAACAGAUAACAAAUGAGAAAUGUCGAGAUACGCUCGCCAUGAUUGUGAUUCAUGAUUAGGUAAAAUGCGUCCAAUUUAUUAAGAGAUGGUGAAUAUUCAGGGUAUUGAUUUUGAAUAAACCAAAGAUAUAUUUUGGCACUUUUUAAAUUAACACUUACGAUAAGGAUAUUUAAAUUAAUAACUAGUGUAAGGCAAGUGCAAAUGAAACGACAACACAGACAAGAAUUAAAUUCAUUUUAGAGGUGCUGUGUUGUAUUUGGUGCUAGACUAACGAAUAUUUCAAUACACUCAUUGUCUUAAAAUAUACCAACGCACCAGCUUAUCUUAGCACAGAUAUGUAGGUAUGUAUAAUAUGAACUUCCUGAAAUGACAGAUUUCUGCUAUGAAAUUGUUCUUUUGAAAGAUCUAUUAAGUACAGUAAAAUAAUUAUAAUAAGUAGAUAGGUAAGAGGAUUACCUAAAUUCACGUAAUAUUGUCUUCAUUUUAGUAAGUAGAUAUGGUCAGCUUCAAAAGUACAAGUCAACGUUAAUUUCUUAACAUCACAAGUGCCAUAAACUAAAAACAAAGUAUGUAUGUGAAUAUUUUAGUAAGUUAUUGACAACACAGUGUUUAGAAGUUUUGAAAAUUUAAAUUUUCUCAGCUACCUACUUUUGAAGCUGACUGUACCUCCAAACCUAUGAUUUGUGGAUAUAGUUUACUGAUGUAAAGUGUAAUAAUAAGAAUAUUAUUUCAAAGCUUUGAAGGCUGACUAGAUUUAACAUUGUGCCGUUUACUCAAUAGGUAUGUAUGUUUAUUCAGUUGUGAAGAAUUCCAGCGCUUUCACACUGACGAACUUUCCGAUCGGAACAAUCGAUUUUUUGCCGCUUAGAAUGAGUUGUGCGGAAAAUCCGCCAGUCUAAAAACGCUGUGUAUGCCCAUGUUACUGCAUGAUAAAGUCGCAAAUAAAUGUUUUGUAUAAGUUGACAAAAUUAAUUUAAUUUUGUAUCAAUAUAAUGGGGCGUAAGGUAUUUAUAGGUGAGUAUGAGCUAAUGUAUAUUUCUGAGUGGUUUUGAUAAUUUGAAUUUGAGAUAUUUUUAUAAGUACCUAGUUUCCCGAUUAAGAUGUCUGUAUUGCCUAGGUAAUUAAGAUUACUGGACUUAUGACUUGUGAACAUUUCAAUGAAUUCCAAAACCCAUUUUGAGUGUCCUAAAAAUUGGGUUCUUAUAUCAUUAAUGGCAAAAUUAAAAAACAUCUUGAAAAUAUAUAGAAAACAUACAUGUUACUGCAUAUUAUUAGAUGUUCGGUGAAUUGGCACAAUUCAUUGUGAAAUGUAAUUGCACUUCGGAUGACUAAUAGAUAAAUAUGAGGGCUAAUAAACAUAAUUUGCAUUUAGUACAAAAACAAUGCAAAUAUGUCAUUUCCUACUAGUUAUUGUGCUUGUUUGCUAUUUUGCCAAAGAUUUGAUGAAUUGUUUAUUCAUAAUAACACGUUAUAAUAAAAACUGCUAUUUUUGUAAACAAA